CUCGUCUUCUGCAGCGAACUGACGGCGCAAAGUCACCGAGAGUCGCACGCAGUUGAGCAUGCCGAAGUAGCGCCCGCACAGCUGCACGCAAGCAUGGGAGCCACGGCCGAGGAGAAAGCACGCGCAGCGUGUACGUGCCAGAGUAGGUGCAACAACUGCAAAGUCUUCCUGGGGUUCUUCGUGCUGUCGCUCGCGCUUCACGUCGCCACGCUCGUGUGUUAUCUGGACCUGCGCUCCGAGAUCAAACGCGACGUCCUGACGAAGGAGCGAGACGACAUUUCCGCGGCGAGGGCGAGUGCCGAGGCGACGGCGCUGGGGGUGCUGCGGGCACGCGACUCCAGCGCCCCUGAAGCGGACAAACCGGGCCGAACAGAGAGGGGGAUGUCGGCAGAGAAGACAGGCGUCGUCCGCUCCAAGCGCUCAGAAUCCUCUGGAAAUGUAAAAGGGAAAGGCGAAAGGAAGAAAGGUAAAAAGGGUCCCCCUGGUGCUCCAGGACCCCCAGGUCCGCCAGGACCGCAGGGCCCCCCUGGAAUACCAGGGAUCCCUGGAAUCCCAGGCAGUAAUGCUCUGGGGCCGCCCGGACCAGGAGGACCUCCGGGACCACCUGGACCUGCAGGUCCACCGGGACCACAGGGGCCCCCUGGACCUCAGGGCCCAGGUGGUGGUGAGCGAGGCAGGUACAGAGACACACAGCCAGCUGUGGUACAUCUCCAGGGCCAGGAAACAACUAUUCAAGUGAAAGAAGAUCUCUCAGAAGGCGUCCUGAAGAACUGGAGGAUGAUCUCCAUCCACCAGCGUGUGUUUAAGAUGCACUCGCGCUCUGGACAGCUGGAGGUGCUGGUGGACGGAACCUACUUCAUCUAUAGUCAGGUAGAAGUGUACUACCUGAACUUCACAGACAUAGCCAGUUACGAGGUGAUGAUUGAUAAGGAUCCUUUCCUACGCUGCACCAGGAGCAUUGAGACCGGCCAGCGCAAGUUCAAUACCUGCUACACGGCCGGCGUGUGCUGGCUGCGCGCCAGACAGAAGAUCUCCAUCCGCAUGGUCUACGAGGACACCUCCAUCUCCAUGAGCAACCACACCACUUUCCUCGGGAGCAUCCGCCUGGGCGAGGGCCCACCCACUGGACACAGCUAGCCAAUCAGCUCGCAGAACACGACCACCUGACAUGGCGGCGCCAAUCAGCUUUUGAUAUCAGCUCCCAGAAUCAGUCCUAUGAACUCGUGAGGUAUACCUCACAAAAACCCACCAAUAUACCUCACAAGCUCCGCCCCCUUAGUGCACCCGAUCUGAUGACAAAUGGUUGUUUCAGCUCCAAGCUCAUGGGAUAGAUGUUUUAAUUAGCCAAUCAUGUACAAUCUCACAUACACUGCCACUGACCAAUCAAAGCUUAUGGUCAAGACUACCCAGAACCACCUGGUUCAAACCAGCUUUGAUCCCCCAGCCCUCAUUGGCCCCGCCUUCAGCUUCAGAAAUGAUCUCAGUAAAGGUUGGUGGAGGAGGCGGGGAGAGGGCGUGGUCAGCCUGGGCCCCAGCCAGAGGGAAACAUUGUUUCGAACUCUGCAUCUGGGGUGUUCGAGGUGACUCAGAGCAGAGUCUAGAGAGAAGAAACAGAGUUGGAAGCACUUCUGUAAGACCACAGUUUAACACAAUGCCAUCUUUUCACCAGCUUCAUGAACACAGAAAAACUAAACACACACACACACCCUUGGAUUAAGUGUAUGUGGCUACACACAGUGGAAUACUUACUGAUAACAUAUUUGGGGGAAAAUGUCACUGUUGUUGACACGAACAUACACAAGGCAGUGUGUGUUGAUGUGACACAGACGUCGUCUAGACGUUUAGGAAAAUGCAGCUAUCUGCUCAGUCGUCAUGGUGCAUUUUGUGUAUGUGAAUGUGUGCAUGAGGUUGUGUGUGUGUGUGUGUGUGUGUGUGUGUGUGUGAGAG